AUGUGUGACCGUGGUGGUAAACCUAGCGGAUCAGGAUCAAAUACAAAUACUAGUUCCAAAAAGACAAAUUGUCCAUUUAAGUUGGUAGCAAAAUAUUCACUGGAACAUCAUUAUUGGACGAUAAGAGUGGUAUGCGAUCAACAUAACCAUCGCCCUACAGUGAAUCUAGARGGUCAUSMAUACGCAAGAYGGUUAUCUGAUGAUGAAUUUCGUUUGGUAGAAGAUUUGACGUCGAAGAGUGUGCCACCACGUGAAAUUCUAUCAACGUUAAAGGAUCGAGAUGAGACUAACUUGUCAACACUCCCGACGAUAUAUGAUGCACAAAAGAAAAUUCGCAAGCACGAGAAAUGCGGGAAAACACCAAUGCAGGUUCUUAUGUCACUUUUGGAUAUUCAUCGUUAUGUUUAUCAGCCUUAUACACACCCAGUUACAAACGAGUUGCAAGCUUUAUUUUUUGUUUAUCCUACAUCUUAUGAAAUAUGGCGUGCAUUCCCACACGUGUUGAUUAUUGAUGUCAUGUACAAGACAAACACAUAUAAUAUACCUUUUGUUCAGAUCGUUGGUGUAACAUCAACCAGCAAAACCUUUUGCAUAGCUUUUGUUUUUAUAACUGAAGAAAAUAUGGACAAUUAUAAAUGGGCGUUGGAGCAGCUAAAGGUGACGCUAAAUGAGUGCAUGCACCCACGUGUUAUAGUAACGGAUAGAGAAUUGGCUCUCAUGAAAGUGUGCGAAAAAGUUUUUCCGCACGCCAAUCAUUUACUUUGUAGAUGGCACAUCGGUCAAAAUAUUUUGAAGAAUUGCAAACAAACUAUUAGGUCGCAACAUGAUUGGAACCUUUUUCAAUCGGCGUGGAAAUUACUUAUAGAUUCUCCAACGUGGAUGCCGUACAUGAAAAACUAUGAGAAACUUCGAACAGUGUUGUCAAAAUACCCCCGUGUUUUAAUCUACAUACAUGAUAACUGGUUGGACAAAUAUAAAAACCAUUUUGUCUCUGCUUCGAUUGACCAAUGUUUGAACUUUGGAAAUCGCACUACGAACAGAGUUGAGAGCCAACAUGCUAAGUUCAAGAAUUACAUGUAUCAUCAAAGUUACACUCUGGAUAAAUUUGUUGUUUGUAUUAAUAAGAUCGUAGAGUCACAAAUCGUGGCAAUCAAAGAAAGUUUUGGGAGAAGUGAAAUUUCUUGUUAUCACAAACACAAUAUACCAUGCUUGAGUUUACUACGGGGUUUCGUCUCAAAUGAAGCUCUUGAUUUGAUGGUGAAAGAGAUUAGUCGGUCGAAUGGUUUUCAACUAGAUUCCUCAACUUGUGGUUGUCAACUACAUAGCAGUUGUGGGUUACCGUGUGCUUGCGAUCCGAUCCCAGAUCUAAAUGAGGAGCAGGCGAGACAUAGUUUGUUUGUGGAUUAA